UUUUCACGUCUCGUCGGGAGUUUUAAUUCGUUUCUCCCGCAAAUAAAUGUCCAAAUAGCCGGAUUUUGUGUUCUCGUGACAAUUUCUCAGCUGGUCUACGCGUCAAAAGUGAAGAUUUUCGCGAAAAAUGCUCGCUUUGUGUGUUUGCGGUGACAAAGACUAAGCCAAGUUCCGUCGAAAUAAUCAAUAUUAUUAUGCACUGAUGCAAGUGAAUCGAUAAUUUAAGCAAGAAAGUUCAGAAAAACAAAGGAAAAAAAUGUUGAAUCGCAUGAAAAAUCGCGUCCUCGACUUGAUUGUCGCUCCGGAUCUGCCAGCGCUGCCUUCGAGUUCGGCAACAUCGACAUCGUCAUCAAGUUCGUCGUCGUCAUCGCCGUAUGCCAACAACAAAAAUCUACCCGAUAAGUUUAUUUAUUCGAGGCCAGGUUUCCUCAAUCUAUCGACGACGGACGAACUCAAGGCAUCAGCUGAUCACAAUUUGAGGCCGAUUAUUGUUCCAAGGGAUCUCAAUGCGAUGCCGUGGUAUUCGGGCUACGCGGAGUGCAUCAAUUCGGGCAAGAGUCAGUAUAAUGAAGAUCAAGCAGCUUUUUCAAAACAAACCCUAUCACAUCCAUCAAAGCAAUACCCCGACUUGCCGUACAUGUAUUUCGGCAUAUUUGACGGGCACGCCUCGCACGGUUGUUCUCUCGCUGCCUCGCUGCAAUUCCAUCAUAUUUUGCACGAAAAACUCGUCGACAUCAUUGAAUUACUACUGCCGAAGAAGGAAGUUGCUCCAGCAAGCACAAUCCCAACCCCGCUUUUUUUCGUAAAAAACAUCUCAAAAGACGAGUUGAUCGUCGGUGCUCUUGAAAGUGCAUUUCACGAAAUGGAUUCCGUGAUCGACUCAGAUCGCGACAAAUACAGAAAUGCCGGAGGAUGCACCGCAUGCGUCGCUCUAUUUAUUUUAGGAAAAAUGUACAUAGCCAAUGCGGGCGAUUCCCGCGCAAUUUUAUGUCAAAAACUCCCGCAAGAUAUUUUCCGGGCGGAAAUCGAUCCGAAACAUCAGCAAAAUGGAAAUUCGACGAAAAAUUCGGAAGAGACUGAAUAUCAUGUAUUUUCGACGGCACUUUCGUGGGAUCACACUCCGGAUACGGAACGUCCUCGACUUUUGAGUACGGCGCAAAUUAACCCCACGCUGAUGGGCGACUCUUACUGUCCCAUGGAAUUCGCGAAGAAACCUUUGUCGCGAGAUUUGGGACAACGUGUGAUGUAUCGAAGCGGCACGAUGCGUGGAUGGGCGUUCAAAACGCUCACACGAGACGACUUGAAAUCCCCCACUCUUGUGACGGGGGAGGGGAAACGCUCACGUCUCAUGGGCACAAUUGGCGUCACACGAGGCUUCGGGGAUCACGAUUUACGCGCUUUGUACAGCGGGAUGCUCAUUAAACCAUUCCUAAGUGCCCAACCGGACGUAAAUUUCCGCGAUUUAACGAAAGUUAUUUCAAUUCCGGGCGACGGCAACGAAGACGGCGAAUACGGGGUGCUUGUGAUGGCGACCGAUGGACUUUGGGAUGUCACGGAAAUCAACGAUGUGGCUCACACGGUCUUUAAAACGCUCAAAAAGUACCCGACGGAACGACAUCGAUACACGAUGGCAGCACAAGAACUCGUCGCGAAGGCUCGUGGGCGCAUAAAUGAGUCGGGGCAUUGGCGAUUGAGUGAUUCGAAGGCAGCAGCGACUGUGGAUGACAUUUCGGUGUUUGUGAUUCCCGUGUAUCAGUAUUACAAAGAGUUCGUGGAGUGGGAAAAGUUGUGCAAUAGUGAGACAAAUUCGAUGAAUGUGUCUUCAGAUGAGCCAGAUAUCGAUAAAUUGACGCUGAGUGACACGGAAGUGAUCGAAGCGAAGGAAGAAUUGAGCACAGAAGCGCCUGAAACGGAGAAAAAUGACGCAGCGACGACGAAUGAUGACAAUUUUGAUACGCGAGAGAAUGAGGAUAUGUGAGAAAAGUGCAAAAAAUAAUUUAGGACAAAUUAUUUAAAAAGUGAUUGAUUGAAUGAUAAUAAAAAAAACUAAUAAAUUAAUUAAAUUUAAAAAAAUAAAUUAAGUAAAAUUAGGACUAAAUACGUCGACGUACUAACAAAAAAAAAUACUAUCAAAAA